CCAGGACUGUUCGCACUCCGUAUACACCUGCCUGAGGUGUAGACAGCAGUCAUGCGCUGGCUUCCAUCUCUUCUGGGAGCUAUAGCUCUCCUUCCUCUCUCUGGAGCCUCAUCUUGUUGGCGUAACACAACCUGUUCCGGUCCUACCACUGCCGCUUUUCCCGGCUCGUGGGAGAAGAACAUCUUUGCCCCAUCCUCUAGAACUGUGAACCCCGAGAAACUAUUCUUGAUCACCAAGCCAGACGUCACGCAUGAGUAUGCCCCAUACAAGCUAAAGGGCAAUGGAUCCCUGGUGGUGUACGACUUCGGAAAGGAAGUGGGUGGUAUUGUUACCGUGAAGUAUACCUCCACCGGCAGUGGGGCUCUGGGGUUGGCGUUUACCGAGGCCAAGGACUACAUUGGAGAAUGGUCCGACUCCUCCAACGGAGGCUUCAAGGGACCCGAUGGUGCACUGUAUGGGAACUUCACCGAAGCGGGCGAGCAUUCUUACACGAUGCCCGACAAGUACCUGCGUGGUGGAUUUCGCUACCUGACGCUGUUCUUGGUCACAGACAACUCGACCGCGUUGCAGAUCAAGGAUGUGAGCUUGGAAAUUGGCUUCCAGCCCACUUGGUCUAAUCUGAGGGCCUACCAAGGAUACUUUGACUCGAGUGACGACUUGUUGAAUUCGAUCUGGUACAGCGGCGCGUACACGCUGCAGACUAAUGAGGUACCGGUCAACACAGGGCGUCAGAUCCCAGCAAUGGCUUACGGAUGGGCAAACAAUGCUACUCUGGGACCGGGUGAUACCAUUAUCGUCGACGGCGCGAAGAGAGACCGAGCUGUGUGGCCAGGUGACAUGGGCAUCGCCGUUCCAUCCGCAUUUGUCAGCAUUGGGAACUUGGAGAGUGUCAAGAACGCCUUGCAAGUGAUGUACGACUACCAGGCCUCGACGGGGGCAUUUGAUGAAUCAGGCCCUCCUCUAAGCCAGAAGAACUCGGACACGUAUCACAUGUGGACGAUGGUAGGGACCUACAACUACUUCUUGUAUACCAAUGACACCGACUUCCUCGAGACCAAUUGGGCAGGCUACCAGAAAGCCAUGGGUUAUAUCUAUGGCAAGGUGACCUACGAAAGUGGCUUGCUGAAUGUCACCGGUACUCGCGAUUGGGCGCGAUGGCAGCAGGGAUACAACAAUACUGAGGCACAGAUGAUCCUGUAUCACACUCUCAAGACAGGAGCCCAGCUCGCUACUUGGGCUGGUGAUACGACUGGUCUGUCGGACACAUACACCACCCGGGCCGAGAAGCUGCGGGAGGCCAUCAACGAGUACUGCUGGGACGAGUCGUACGGAGCGUUCAAGGACAAUGCAACGGAUACGACUCUUCACCCACAGGACGCAAACAGCAUGGCCCUGUUGUUCGGAGUUGUCGACAGCGAGCGCGCUGCUAGCAUCUCCGAGAAGUUGACAGAGAAUUGGACACCCAUCGGAGCCGUGGCCCCGGAGCUGCCGGAGAACAUUUCGCCAUUCAUCUCGUCCUUUGAAAUCCAGGGCCAUUUGACCGUGGGUCAACCCGCUCGCGCUCUAGAGCUCAUUCGACGGAGUUGGGGAUGGUACUAUAAUAACGCCAACGGCACCCAAAGUACGGUGAUUGAAGGCUACUUGCAGAACGGCACGUUCGGCUAUCGGUCCAGCCGUGGAUACUACUACGACACAGCGUAUGUCUCGCACGCGCAUGGCUGGUCUUCGGGCCCGACGUCUGCCUUGACGAACUACAUUGUGGGUCUGACCAUCACCUCCCCGGUGGGAACGACCUGGGAGCUUGCCCCGCAGUUUGGGGAUCUCAAAUCCGCCCAGGCUGGGUUCUCGACCUCCCUGGGCAAAUUCCAAGCAUCGUGGACGAAGACGUCGACUGAGUACACCUUAGACUUUACUGUUCCCCAAGGAACAACGGGUAAUCUUACUCUGCCAUACAUAAGCUCCAAGCAGCCAACGAUUACAAUUGACGGCAAGAAGAUCACCAAGGGCGUGAACUACGCAGACGACACGGCAAGUAUGACGAUUGCGAGCGGCGGAAGCCACAAAGUGGUUGUGAACUAG